AUGCCAUCGGAUUAUGUUGAUCGUGUUCUUGAACAUCUCAAGAAGAAAAAUGCAGAUGAAAAAGAAUUUCUUGAAGUUGCUGAAGAAGUAUUGAAUUGUCUUCGACCAGUUAUUGAAAAACAUCCUGAAUAUGAAAAAUUGGCUUUACUCGAACGUUUUACAGAACCAGAACGUGUUAUUAUCUUUCGAGUACCAUGGGAAGAUGAUAAUGGUCAAAUCCAUGUUAAUCGUGGUUAUCGUGUACAAUUUAAUGGUGCAAUUGGACCAUACAAAGGUGGAUUACGUUUUCAUCCAACUGUUUAUUUGGGUAUUAUAAAAUUUUUGGGUCUUGAACAAAUCUUAAAAAAUUCAUUAACUGGUUUACCAAUUGGAGGUGGCAAAGGCGGUUCAGAUUUUGAUCCACAAGGUAAAUCUGAUACUGAAGUUCAACGAUUUUGUCAAAGUUUCAUGAGUGAACUUUAUCGACAUAUUGGACCUGAUGUUGAUGUACCAGCUGGUGAUAUUGGUGUUGGUGGUAGAGAAAUUGGUUAUCUUUAUGGACAAUAUCGUCGAAUUCGUGGUGCUUUUGAAAAUGGUGUUUUAACUGGUAAAGGUUUAACAUAUGGUGGUAGUCAUAUUCGUAGUGAAGCUACAGGUUUUGGUGCAAUGUAUUAUGCUGAUGAAGUACUCAAAGAAAAAGGUGAUUCAUUAAAAGAUAAAGUAAUUGUUCUAUCAGGUUAUGGAAAUGUCGCAUGGGGUGUUUGUAUUAAAGCUCGUGAUCUUGGCGCAAAAGUUAUUUCGAUAUCUGGUCGUGAUGGUUAUGUUCAUGAUCCAGAAGGAAUUAAUACAGAUGAAAAAAUCGAUUUUCUUUUACGUAUUCGAUCCGAACAUAAAAUUAAAUUAGAAGAUUAUGCAAAACAAUUUAAUGUUAAAUUUCAUGCAAAAGAAAAACCAUGGAAAUUAAAAGGUGAUAUUGCUUUUCCGUCAGCUACAGAAAAUGAAAUUGAUUUGGAAGAAGCUAAAGAAUUACAUAAAAAUGGUAUUAAAUAUGUUUUUGAAGGAGCUAAUUUUCCAACAACAUCCAAAGCCAUGGCAUAUUUCAAAAAGAAUGGUGUUAUUCUUGGGCCAGCUAUAGCUGCUAAUGCAGGUGGUGUUGCUGUAUCUGAGCUUGAAAUGACACAAAAUUCUUCACGUUUAUUAUGGACAAAAGAAAAAGUUGAUGCUAAACUCAAAGAAAUUAUGGUUAAUAUUCAUACAAAAUCAAAAGAAGCUGCAGAAAAAUAUGAACUUGGCUAUGAUCUUGUUGCUGGUGCUAAUAUUGCCGGAUUUGAAAAAGUAGCAGAGGCAAUGAUUGCUCAAGGCACAUAUUAA